AUGGCAUCAUCGUCACAAAGAUUUUUUCGACUCUUAGCUCUUUUCGUAGUCACACUAAAGCUUUGUAACUGCCAAAAUGUCACAAUAGAUGCUGACGGCUGGAGCUACGCCGGUGUAACUUGGUACGGUGAACCUGGCGGCGCCGGUAGCACCGGAGGAGCUUGUGGAUAUGGUUCGGCAGUUGCCAAUCCACCGUUUUACGCAAUGGUUUCAGCCGGAGGCCCUUCACUGUUUAACAAUGGCAAAGGAUGUGGAACAUGUUAUCGGAUUGCAUGCCUCGAGAAUCCAGCCUGUUCGAGGAUUCCAAAAAGGGUGACGAUAACCGACGAAUGCCCAGGGGGUCCUUGCGCCUCCGAACCGGCCCACUUUGACCUUAGCGGCAAAGCCAUUGGUGCCUUAGCCAAACCUGGCCAAGCCGAUCAACUUCGAGCCGCUGGUGUUCUACGUGUUGUUUACAGACGUGUUCCGUGUUCAUAUGGAGGAACUACUAUAGCUUUCCAUAUUGACGCCGGAGCAAAUCCGUACUAUGUGGCAUUUAUUGUCGAAUACGAAAACGGCGACGGAGAUUUUGCCUCCGUUGAGAUUCAACCGGCCGGCAGAAGAUUUAUCCCCAUGCAAGAAAUGAGGUCCGCCGUGUGGAAGGUAAAUUCCGGCAGUGCUCUGAGCGGUCCGUUCAGCAUCAGACUUACUUCCGGCGAAUCUCGUAAAGUAGUCGUCGCUCAUGCUGUUAUUCCGGCGAAUUGGAGGGCCGAUGAAACUUAUCGGUCGAUUGUUAACUUUUAA